ACGAGGAAAAUGGCUGCUUCAACGGAAACAGCGACGAAGUUGCGUACGAAAGAAGAAGGAAUUGUUAUUGGAGUACGGCAGCAGCUGAUAGAUGCCACAUCUGCCAAAGAUUGGUCGUUGGUUUGCGAGCUUUUUCGUAACGAAAACGCCUUUCAAGCUCUGGAUUGUACGAUCGUCGACAGGACAGGUUUUCGUUCUCACCUUUUUUCUGUUUUCGAGGAUGCAUUUCUGAUGAACAUGGGUGUGACUGAGUGCGCAAGGGCUCUGCAAAUGUUCUCACGUGUCGUGUAUCCACAUCUAGGCAAACUUAUGGAUUGCGUGGAUAUGAGGAACAUCGUAGUAGGUAGUGCUCUUUACUUGCACGCUACAAAGAGUACACCUCGAAGUAUGCAGAAAGAUGGCGAGCUAAGAGAAAAACGACAGAUCGUGGAGUCUUGUCUGGAACGUUUUAUUUCAUUUAGGCGGUUGGCUGUGAAAUUUCUGAGAUGUCAAAAUCGUCUCACAGAGUUGACUGCUUUAUAUGGUAAAUUCUCUUUAAGAGACUUGUUAAAUCAGCUGAUGGGGAAAGAGAUGAUACCAAUAAGCUCAAUAGAGAGGAUUUUGACAUUGGUUUCAGACAGUGAAUUUGACAAAAUAUCCUUAGAUGAUGGCAGAACUACAGUUGAUGCUUUACAAAAACAGUAUUCAUCCUUGAAAGAAGUCCAUGGAGUGCUGACAGGGCUGAAGAAAUCUUUGAAAUAUUUGAACGAAGCUGUUGAGCUAGAUUCGAGAGCUUUACAGCGAUGCCAGCUAUGUCAAAUGGUGUUACGUGGCAUUCCUACAAGUGACAGAGCAAACAGUUUAAUUGUUAGUGAUAAGGUUAGUGAUCUACUAUCCUUGUACAAUGGAGCUAUUGGUGUUUGUACUGAAAAGGCAAAGCGAGUUAUGAAAAAACGCAUUGGUGAUACUAUUAGGGAAGGCUGUGAGGAGGAGGAACCGCAGCAGCAGCAGCAGCAGCAGCAGCAGUAUGUUAAUAGAAUUGCAAAGGCAGUGCAAGGAGCUGAAGAAUGGAUGUUUUCUUUGGCUGGACGAUGUCAUUCUUCUGAACACAAAGAUGAAAUGGGAUCUGUGGAUAACAUUUCCAGUCUAAGUGAAAAACUUGUUGAGAAAGUGGAAAGAGCAUUUGUUGAAAUAAGAGACAAGUAUAUGAAUGUUCAAGUUGCACAGCCUGUAUCAGUGUUAAAUAGAGAGGACUUGGCCAACAGCCAAUUGGAGAGUGACAGGAAAAAUGCCCACACAUCUUGUCAUUCUUCAACAACGUUUGCAGCUAGUGCUUCUUUAACUGAUAUUCCCAAAUCUGAUUUAACGACUACUGCAGAUCAAUCUUGCAAACACACUGUUGAACAGAACUUACAGCUGCAAACUGAAAACAAAGAGUUGCAUAAAGUGAUAAAUGAGUAUGAACAGGUAAUGGCACUUACACUCAGGGAACAAGAAACACUUAUAUCAGGAAAUAGUAUUCUAAAAGCAGAAGUGGAAGGAUUAUCAAGACAGCACAAACAAAAGCACAGUGAUCAAGAACGUGCGAAAGAAACAGCCGAGAGACUGACAAAUGAGAACGAGGUCCUUAAAUCCGAAUGUGAGAAACUGAAGGAGGUCGUGAGAAAACUUAGAUUGUCUAAAUCUAAAACCACCAAGCCUGGAAAGGCUUUCCGCAUAAGUUCACAUACUGAAGAAUAUAUCAAAGACCCAUCAAAGAUUGAAGAACUAAUUGAAGACAGAGAUGCUUGGAAGCUAUCAGCUAGUGCAAAAACUGAAGUGGCUAGGCAUUACGAGGAGCAAUUGGCCGAAAUGAAAAGUGAGCUGGAGAAUAUGCAAAGAAGACUCGAAGAGCAAGCAAGGUACCUCGUUGAAAGUCGUGGUGCUGUAGAGGUUCUUAGUGAUCUAAGACGACCAUCGGAACUUGCCAAGCACUUUGAGGAGUUGUACACUAGUCAUACAUGUGUAGCUGUUGCUGAUCAUCUUGAAGUUGUAGCCAAGGAGCAGAGGUUGGAUGGAGCAGAGGAACGUAUAAAUCAAUUUGUUGUUAAAUUAUUCUUGGAAGUUGAGGGACAAACCGAUGAGUUUUUUGUGAAGAAACAAGGAAACAUUUGUCAGUGUUUAUCUGUUGAUGAAACAGUAAUUGCAAAGCAUUCCAAUGUGCAGAAGUUGCUAAAGAAGUGUGUAUGCAGUCUACUAGCUUACUCAAAUAAGCAGUUAAGCUUUCUUGAUUCUCCUUUACUUGAGAAUGUAUGUCAGCAUCUUGAGAGCUUUGAUAAAGACCUGUGCACACCAGCGGCGCGAGAUAUAGUAGCACCCUUUGUGAAAGAGUGUAUAAGUUUCAUGUGGGAUGUCAAAACUCAGCCUGUGAUUCUCAGCUUUACUGUUGCGGACAAGUCUUACAAUCCUGCUCGUCACCGCCGGUCUUAUGCAGCGAACUCUUCAUCUACUGAAAUUAAGUCCUUUGUGUGGCCUGUAUUUAUUGACAAGUCCGCGCAAACUGUUUUAUGUAAAGGAUUUGUUGUUACUUGAUUGACUUGUAAUCAUGCGAUACGGUAUAUUGGGCUUCUUUUCUAGUUAGUCCACUCGCAUUGAGGUGUACAGCGUGUCUCUUCAAGACUUGUGUGAGAUUGAAUACCAAUGCAUGUCUUAAAGAUUUAUUCCUGCAUGGGUAUACGCCUGCUUGAAUUUCUUAUAGACUUUAAAAUGGUCGUUCGUAUUAAUU